CAACAACAACACACCUGCAGCAACAAAGUGCCACGCAAUUUUUAGAACAAGGAUCUAAACGAGAGAGAGAGAGAGAAACAGGCAGAUUUCCUUCCCCCCUGAAACCCAAACCAACCCACAUAUAGAAAACUCAAAAAGAUUGAGUUAGCUUAGAAAAUGCAGCACGUAAGCGCUGCCAGUUCGGUACCAUCGGUAAUUGCACCGGUGGUUACCACUGGAGGCACCACCAUUACCUUAGGCGGUGGUCCACCACCGCCAUCCUCAUCCUUGGCCAAAUCCGAGAUUAAAGAAGAUGGCAAACCGCCGCAUGGCAUGGAAUUGUAUAAAGUGAACAUUGAGGAUAUUUCACAAUUGUUUACAUAUCAUGAAGUCUUUGGCAAAAUACAUGGAGAUGUUGUCAAUCAUCAAUUGGUGGCAGCGGCUCAUGGUGGACAAUUGCCACCGCCUCCACCGUUGCCGCCACAAACGCAUGCCUCCAGUGCUGCGGCAGCCGCAGCGGCGGCAGCAGCCACAACAAAUAAUGCAGCCGUGGCCGCUGUAAUGGCAUCUGCGAAUGCAGCAGCAGCGGCAGCAGCUGCCGCAUCAGCAGCUGGUGGAGUACCCACAACGAGUAGUGUGGGCGGUGGUGGAAUACCGGGAGUAGUUACAACCACAACAAGCUCAUCCACCGGAAGCAGUGGCGGCGCUAGUGGUGCCGCCGGCGCGGGUACCACAUCGAGCACAACGGGUGAGUUGCUUAUGCCUAAAAUGGAGGGCGGCCUACAUGGCAACGUGGACGCUGGUGGCAACGGUCAAACCCAGGUGGCCUUAGCCCCUGAUGGCACCCCAAUUGCUACGGGGACGCAUGUCUGCGAUAUAUGUGGCAAGAUGUUCCAGUUUCGGUAUCAGCUAAUUGUCCAUCGUCGCUAUCAUAGCGAACGGAAACCGUUUAUGUGUCAGGUAUGCGGUCAGGGUUUUACCACAUCGCAGGAUCUGACACGACAUGGUAAAAUCCAUAUUGGCGGACCGAUGUUCACCUGCAUCGUUUGCUUCAAUGUCUUCGCUAAUAACACCAGCCUGGAGCGGCAUAUGAAGCGUCAUUCAACGGACAAACCAUUCGCCUGCACCAUUUGCCAAAAGACAUUUGCCCGCAAAGAGCAUCUGGACAAUCAUUUUCGUUCGCACACGGGCGAAACGCCCUUCCGUUGCCAGUACUGCGCAAAGACGUUUACGCGCAAGGAGCAUAUGGUUAACCAUGUGCGCAAACACACGGGUGAGACGCCACAUCGUUGCGAUAUUUGUAAGAAGUCCUUUACGCGCAAGGAACACUAUGUUAACCACUACAUGUGGCACACUGGUCAAACGCCGCAUCAGUGUGAUGUCUGUGGCAAGAAAUAUACACGCAAGGAGCAUCUAGCUAAUCAUAUGCGCUCCCAUACAAACGAGACACCGUUUCGCUGUGAAAUUUGCGGCAAGAGCUUUAGCCGCAAGGAACACUUUACCAAUCACAUACUCUGGCAUACAGCAGGCGAGACGCCGCACCGGUGCGAUUUCUGCUCCAAGACGUUUACGCGCAAGGAGCAUUUAUUAAAUCACGUGCGCCAGCAUACGGGUGAAUCACCGCAUCGCUGCACCUACUGCAGUAAGACGUUCACACGCAAGGAGCAUCUGACCAAUCACAUACACCAGCACACGGGCGAGACGCCGCAUCGUUGCGAUUUCUGCUCCAAGACGUUUACGCGCAAGGAACAUCUGUUAAAUCACGUGCGUCAGCACACGGGUGAAUCGCCCCAUCGCUGCUCCUACUGCAUGAAGACCUUCACACGCAAGGAGCAUCUGGUCAAUCACAUUCGUCAGCACACGGGUGAGACACCGUUCAAGUGCACGUACUGCACAAAAGCGUUCACGCGCAAAGAUCACAUGGUUAAUCAUGUACGGCAACAUACAGGCGAAUCGCCGCACAAGUGCACCUAUUGCACCAAGACGUUCACACGCAAGGAGCAUCUGACGAAUCAUGUGCGCCAGCAUACUGGCGACUCACCGCAUCGUUGCUCCUACUGCAAGAAGACAUUCACACGCAAGGAGCAUUUGACAAAUCAUGUGCGUUUGCAUACGGGAGAUUCGCCGCACAAGUGCGAAUAUUGCCAGAAGACAUUCACAAGAAAGGAGCAUCUCAAUAAUCAUAUGCGUCAACACUCUAGCGAUAAUCCGCAUUGUUGCAAUGUCUGCAAUAAGCCAUUUACUCGCAAGGAGCAUCUGAUCAAUCAUAUGUCACGUUGCCAUACAGGCGAUCGUCCUUUCACAUGCGAAACAUGCGGCAAAUCGUUUCCACUCAAGGGCAAUCUAUUGUUCCAUCAGCGUAGCCAUACCAAGGGCCAGGAAAUGGAACGUCCGUUCUCAUGCGAAAAGUGCCCCAAAAACUUUAUAUGCAAAGGUCACUUGGUCUCGCAUAUGCGAUCCCAUUCGGGCGAGAAACCGCAUGCGUGCACACUGUGCAGCAAGGCGUUCGUUGAGCGCGGCAAUUUGAAGCGCCACAUGAAGAUGAACCAUCCGGAUGCCAUGAUGCCGCCACCACCAGUGCAUCCGCAUCCGCAAAUACCAGCCGGUGUGCUGACACAAGUCAAGCAGGAAGUGAAACCGAUUAUAAUUCCCCACCAUUCGGCGACAACGAUGCACACCAUACAACAGAUAACAUCGGGAGGAGCAGCCGGUGCCGGUGGAGCCCAACUGACGCCGGGUCUGGUGCCGCUGGUGACAUCAACUCUGAUUUCUCAUAAUGCUGCAGCGGCGGCUCAACAGCAAUCGCAAUCACAGAAGCAGCAAGCAGCAGCCGCGGCUGCCGUCCAGCAACAAGCAGCUGCUGCAGCUGCCGCUGCCGCACAGCAGCAACAUCAGGCAGCGGCUGCCCAUCACCAGCAACAGGUGGCAGCCCAUCAUCAGCAACAAGUGGCUGCCCAUCAGCAGCAACAACAGCAAUUGCAGCAGCAACAACAGCUAUUGCAACUAUCCAUUCAACAGGCAGCGCAGCAUCAUCAACAGGAACAACAUCGUCAGCAGCAACAGCAUCAGCAGCAACAACAGCAGCAGCAGCAGCAACAACAACAGCAGCAACAGCAGCAGCAGCAACAACACCAUCAUCAGCAACAACAGCCACAUCCCCAGUCUCAGCCGCCGCCGCAACAACAACAACCUCCACCAGUGCCGAUUGCCUUGAUCAGUGAUCCCAGUGCUUUGGCACGUGCAGCUAUGCAAUUGCAACAUUUGCCGGCCAAUGUGGAACAACAUCCGGUGGUUUACUAACAGUCGCCUCUAUUGCAGGGCUUUGCAACCAACAACAACAACAACAAUAACAACAACAACUCCAACACCACCACACCGACCUCCUCAUCGACAGUGGCAACAGCUUGGUGAAGAGCGGACAGCGAACAGAGAGAGGACAACGAUAGGGAUCCCAAUGAUUGUUGGUGGCAUAAUGAUGAUGCAGCAGCAGCUAGGCCAACUGAAGCAACGUCGUCUAUCCACGCAUAAGCAGCUAGUUUAUAGUAUAAAAAGUAGUUUUUUAACAGCGCGCUGGUUACGCUGUAUCUAAGCCGUAAAGAAAUAAGUAUCUAACUAAAUGUAUCAGGGAUUGGGAUAUAAGAAGAUAUAUAUUUUGAUCUACAUAUGUGCGAUAAACAAAAACAAAAUCUCAAAUCAUCAAUCCCAAUCAAUCAGCAAGUACAUUAAUCUCUCUUCAACGAUAUAUAUUGAUGAGAACUACUUGAUAUUCGGAUAUAAGAUCGAGAUUUGGAAUCAGAAAUGAAUAUUGCAUUUCUUUCUUCCUUAAACUUUAUUCUCUGCAAAAAAAAAAACUUCAAAGUGCAAUACAAGAUAUGAAAAAACAAAAAAAACAAAAAAUAACGAACCAUCUCAUUUUCCCGUUUUUUCUUCCCUGUCUUUUCACUUUUUUUUCUCACUGUGUAUCUCCUAUUAUCUAUCGUUCUCUUUCUCUAUGUGUAUCUAUGCAAUCUUUUAGGCGCAUAGCGUCUAAUUUGUUUUAAAAACGUCUUUUUUACAUUUCUGAAAUGUAUCUGAGACGGGUUUGUGGACAAAAAAUUUAGCUGUGCUAAAAUCACUCCCAGACUUCCUCCCUAUAUAUACAUAUAAAUAGAUCUAUACAUACAUAUAUAUGUAUACUC